GAGAAGAUGGUUGUUAUGAUUUUUCUGAAUGGACUCUUACCUGAAUUUGGAAUGGCAAAGACACAGAUUCUCUCUGACUCCAAGAUUCCAUCAUUAGAUGAUGCCUUCACUCGAGUCCUUCGCAUUGAAAGCUCUCCGACUAGUGUGUCUAUUCCUCAACCCAGUAGUGCUCUCUUUAGCAAGAACAAUAACCCUCGGGCACCUCAGAGGAAUAGUACUGAUCAUCGAAAACCAGAGUCUGUAGAGAUUGUUUGUAACUACUGUCGUAAGCCAGGCCAUAUGAAACGUGAUUGUCGGAAAUUGCUAUAUAAGAAUAGUCAACGAUCUCAACAUGCUCAGAUAGCCUCCACAUGUGAUAUACCAGAGGCGUCAGUUACUAUUUCUGCAGAUGAGUUUGCUAAGUUUCAGAAUUACCAAGAGUCAUUACAAGCGUCAUCUUCCUCUACUCCGAUUGCAUCCACUGUUGCCCCAGGUAAUAUAAAGUGUCUUCUUACAUCAUCUACCAAAUGGGUCAUAGACUCUGGUGCCACAGCUCAUAUGACAGGAUCGUGUGACGAAGAAGAUUAUUGGUAGAGGAUAUGAGUCAGGAGGCCUUUAUCUCUUUGAUCAUCAAGUAUCGCAAGCUGUGGCGUGUCCUGUCGUUCCCUCUCCUUUUGAAGUCCAUUGUCGUUUAGGUCAUCCAUCUUUGUUCGUGUUGAAGAAACUUUAUCCAGAAUUUAGGUCUUUGUCCUCUUUAAAUUGUGAUUCGUGUCAAUUUGCGAAAUUUCAUCGUCUUAGUUCGAGUCCUCGAGUCGAUAAACGAGCAAUUGCUCCAUUUGAGUUAGUUCAUUCUGAUAUUUGGGGUCCGUGUCCAGUUGUAUCUCAAACAGGCUUUCGUUAUUUUGUUACUUUUGUUGACGAUCAUUCUCGUCUAACUUGGUUAUAUUUAAUGAAAAA